AUGUCUCUCAAUGGGUUAGAUGAUCCCUCUGUCAUCGACGCCUACCAGACUGCCCUGGCCGAAGCGGGAGGAUGGUUCCUCCUCAAAUAUGUAUCUAGGGAUGAAGUAGCGCUCCAUGGCCGUGGCACCGGCGGCGUGCCUGACGUCCGCUCGUCCGUCAAGGCGUACGAAGAGAAGUCCCCGCUCUACGGUUUUCUGCAGUAUCGAAGGAGAAAGGUCGUCUUGAAAUAUGUGCCCGACGGGAUCUCGAGAUUGAUGCAAGCACGCAUCACCGUCCAGUUCCAAUCGGUCCUCGACAAAUUCACCCCCCAGGACACCGUUUUCACCUUUGCUGCGCCGUCGGACUUGACUCGAGAGCGCCUUGUCCUCCGCCUGCCUCCUGCAUGCGGCCUCUGGUUAAUGGAAAUCGCCGAGGAUGCGGAGGAAGGCGGCACCACUGACACCCAGGACCCGUCGUCAUCGCCUUCCCAAACGGCCGAGAAGCGGAAAAGUCAGCUGUCGGAAGCGACUGCAGUUCCCCCCCGAUCGCCGCCCAAGGACGUAGACGACACUGCCGCCGUCGUUGAUGCUUUCCCCAGCCCGCCCCGGAACCAUGCAGACUCGCACACGGACGCGGCUUCGGUCCAUUCGUUGCCACAGAAGCAUAUCCUGGACCAACUCUCCCAUGACACCUAUGAGCCCCGCAAGUCGACUCAGUCCAUGAGACCGUCCCUGCAGGACUUGGACCAAGCUCUACGUCCAAAGGUAAAACUGGGACCUCGACCUUCCGUCGACAUCAAUGGACGCCCCCGGACCGCAGGCAGCUUGUCCCGGAGUAAAGAAGAACGCCCCGUGGCUGCUCUGCCUGCUGGGGUUCGUUCGACGUCCUCUCGAAAGCCGCAGGGGGGCACGAGUCGACCCAAGUCCCAGCCUGACGGAGCCGCGCCUACGCUCGCUUCUCUCAGAAAUGCCCCUCCGAUCCCUAAUCUCCUGAUCCCGCCCCCUACUAUCUCAAUUCCCAAGCCGCAAUUGUCACCAGGCGCGAAGUCGAUGACGGCGGUGCCGUCCUCAGGAAUGACACCUGAAAAGCAGCGGUUGAUGAAAGCACUGGAGCUGAGAAAGAAACAAAUGGAGAAGCGGACACAGGAAUUGCAGAGGAAGCAGGACCAACUGCAGCUGGCUGGCGAACAGGCUACGGCGGACAUCAGUGAAAAUAAAGAGAACAUCGACCACACGCAGGAGACGAAGACGCAGAAGAACGACGACGACCACGUCGAUAUUGAAACAGCACAUCCUGAGCAGUCGCUCUCACAGUCGCAGCCAGUUGCUGAGAUUGCUUUGGACCCCGACAAGGACCCGAAACCCCCAUCCCCCAAGCCCGACUCCGGGGUGGAUGUGAUGGUUACCGACCCGGAUACUACUUCGCAUCCGACGGAGACGUCCGCCAGUACAGAAUCGAAGAAUCCAAAAGAUGCCCAGAAGGAGCACAGUGAUGGCCCAAUUGGUCAGGAUGACAAAGAUGCCCACGGAGGAUCCUCGGAGAAUGCUGAUCACUCUUCGAAACCGUCAGAAUUACCAGAAUCAGCGCAGCAGCAGCAGCAGCAGCAGCAGCAGGGGGCAGACAUCCCCGAAGUAUCUGUUGAAUCCAUUCCUUUGCCAGACUCGCCCCCUGAGGGCUCUCGAGCAAGCUCUGUAGCGGGAGAGGAGUCGACCACCGGCAACACGACCAAGGAUGCGGGAGAGCGGAAGAAGCGCCCAAGCCUUCUAGAACCCAUCCAUGUCCCGGGCCCCGACUUCUCGGACGAGGAUAACCUUCUUUCGGAUGAUUCCUUCAUGGAAGAGCUAAAAUCCGCCACGGUGCAGGAGGCCAAGCCAGUAUCGGUUGGGAAAUCCUCGUUGUCGCCCAACGGAGAGUCACAGACGCCUCUCGAAGCGUGGAAGAAUUCUCGUUCUGUCUCGAAUCCAGCCGCUGGAGGAAGUGACAUCCAGGCAUUACCUGCUGGUGGAAGAUCGGUUUCUGCGUCCUUUACCCCCCAGCAGGCUAAACCGGUCCCCGUGCUUGUGGCCAAGAAAGUCAACGUCUCUUCUGGCAUCUCGAAGCGUAUCAAAGCUCUGGAAAUGUUUUCAAACAGUCGCGAAACCACCUCGAGUUCUGCCCCGAGUCUUCCUGCAGGCUCUUCGACGCAGUCCUCGUCUCCCUUCGAGAAGUUCCGCAAGCGUGCUUCUAUAUCGAGCGGAGGUCCUCCCCCCACAAUUGCAGGUUCGAAAUCCACGACACACGUUACACCCUCGCCUUCGCCAGAACCAUCCUCCAAGACUGGGACCGUCAAUAGCAACGACUCCCACACACGGAGCAAGAGAAAUUCAGUGUCUGUGACUGCCCGCAUUGUCCGCGAUGGGAAUGCUCCGCCUACGGACGCGAAUGCCAAUCCCUCUGAACAAGCCGCGCUCAACCUGCAGCGUAGCCCGCUGACUGUGGAACGCGAGUCUUCGGACGCACUCUCUCCUCCGACCGCUUCUAAUACUGAUCAACGCAGCUCGUCAGUAUCACCAGGAGGUUCAAGACGCAACUCUAUUGCUCUCACCCUUACUCGUUCCGAGAGCAGAUCCUCUUCGCGGUCCAAGGCGGAUGACCUGGCUUCACCACAGGAGGAAAAGAAGGAGUCGCGCACGUCCCGACUCAUGCGUCGCAUGUCCUCUCUUACGUCCAGUCCGCGCAGAAGCGUGACCAGUCCACCCCCCAAGUCACAUUUGAAGGAGGAGGUUCGGGCGUCCCCCGAGAAGGAGGAGAAACAGCGCCCAGAACCACCAAAGGCUGUCGACAUUGGUGAAGUGAACGUGCAAUUCCCAGAUACCUUGCUGUGGAAGCGAAGAUUCCUGCGCAUCGACAAUCAGGGGUAUCUAGUCUUGACACCGAGCAAUGUUGACUCCAGCACCCGCAAUAUCGUCAAACGCUAUCAUCUUUCAGAGUUCAAGACACCGUGCCUCCCCGACGAAGAUCGACAAGAACUCCCGAACAGCAUCUUGUUGGACUUCCGGGAUGGCAGUACGCUCCAGUGUGCCUGCGAGUCGAGGCAAGGGCAGGCCGCUAUACUACAGACUCUCGUUGAAGCACACGCCGCGUACCAAACAAUAGAGUAG